GUAAAUAAUAAUACGAAUUAAUUAAUUUGUUGUGUUCAAGUAUGGUUUCUUUUUGUGAUUAUAAUAUGUUAAAAUGGUGAUAUAUUUAUAAGAUACUCUUUUGGUGAAAAUUUGCAUUCAAUUUUUCAUUAUAGAAAAACAAAUACAUAGCAAAAUGAUUUGUUUAAGGUGCUAGCAAUUAUUGUGUCGACAACUGUUAUAGUGUGUCGAUAACAAAAAGGCAGACAUACUAUGUCUGCUCCAGGAGGCCCGGCAAUUGGCGCCGGUCAAGCUGGUGUUGAAUAUCAAUGGGCAUAUUCAAUCAUGGAUUCAUCGCGUGUAUCAACGUUUUUAAUAUCUAUGUUAUUAAUUGUUUACGGAUCAUUUAGAAGUUUAAAUAUGGAGCAAGAAGCGCGUGAGCGUUUAGAAAAAGAACGUGAAAAGAAUACAUUGACUGGUUUAACAACAGGAUCUACAGGAUCACCAAAUGAACAAAAUGUGCAAACAUUGGAUACAUUACAAGCGUUAUGUCUACCGCUUGGAGCUUCCAUUUCACUUUUGGUUAUGUUCUUUUUUUUCGAUUCUAUGCAGAUGUUAUUUGCAAUGUGCACUGCUAUUAUCGCAACAGUAGCGUUGGCAUUUCUACUUUUACCAAUGUGUCAGUAUAUUAUACGACCAUGUUCAGAUGGUAAUAAGAUAUCGUUCGGAAUGUGUGGACGUUUUACUGCCGCUGAAUUAUUUUCAUUUUCAUUAUCCGUAUUUAUUGUGUGUAUUUGGGUGCUAACUGGACAUUGGUUGUUAAUGGACGCCAUGGGUAUGGGCUUGUGUGUGGCUUUUAUUGCAUUUGUGCGGUUGCCAAGUUUAAAAGUGUCUACAUUAUUGCUAACAGGAUUAUUAAUUUACGAUGUAUUUUGGGUGUUUUUCUCCUCAUAUAUAUUUAGUACUAAUGUUAUGGUGAAAGUGGCAACACGACCUGCCGAAAAUCCAGUGGGUUUAGUUGCUCGUAAAUUACAUUUAGGCGGUGUUGUUAAAGAAGCACCAAAACUUAGUUUACCUGGUAAACUUGUUUUUCCAAGUAUACACAAUUCGGGACAUUUUUCAAUGUUGGGCUUGGGUGAUAUUGUAAUGCCUGGACUAUUGUUAUGUUUUGUGUUACGUUACGAUGCAUUUAAACGGGCUCAACUCGUUGGCGAAGGUGCACCACCUACACGAAAAUUUUCAAGAUUAUCCUACUUCCAUUGUUCGUUACUUGGAUACUUUUUGGGCUUACUUACUGCGACAGUUAGUUCAGAAGUUUUUCAAGCAGCUCAACCAGCUCUCUUAUAUUUAGUCCCUUUCACGUUGUUGCCGCUUCUAACAAUGGCUUAUAUGAAGGGUGAUUUAAGACGCAUGUGGAGUGAACCAUUUAUUGGAAAUCAAUCAAAGUAUUUGGAAGUGUGAUGAUGUUUGUGUGAAUGUAUAGGAAUUAUAACUACAAAAUGAAAAAAAAAAACAUAAAAAAAACUCCCGUGCAUUCUACAACAACAAAACUACAAUAUUGUUUUUUGGUUUUUGUUUUCGUCCAUUUUAAAUAACAAUUUUUAUUUUAUUUUUUUUACUAUAUUUAGUGUGCAGUGAUUUUACUAACAGUGAAACUCUAGAGAGUACGUAACUACUAAAAACCGAGGCUAGGCUUCCGGUCAAAAAAAAAAAAAUUAAAUAAAUAAAAUAUUAUCUACU